UUGACUUAUCGCGAGAUCUUUUGCAUGAGAACAGGUGAGACGACUGAUUGAUGCAGCCGCUGCCUCACGACAUGAGUGAAUGUUUGGCUGUGAACGGACAUCGAUCAAAGUGAGCGACGCAUUAUUUUAUGGUUCUGGUGUAAACGACCGAGAUAUAAUUUAUUUUUUUUGUUCUCGGUACAGUGUUUCAAACAUGCCGAGGAACAACAACCAGAAAGCACCAAAUGCUGCGGCUCGAUUCUCCAGAUUCCCCGUAGUUCGCUCGGCCUACAGCAGCCUGUCACUCGUCUAUUCCGACACUAAACGAUAUCACCCCAGACUGAAGAGUGUGUGUGAGGUGCUGGAGAACAGCGUGUCGGCUCUGGGCACAGCGGCCAGUGACAGAGUCUCACCGGUUAUAGUCCAACUGCAGCCCCAGAUUUCCGCUGCAAAUGAUGUGGCCUGUAAAAGUCUGGACUGGUUGGAGAUUACGUUUCCUGUACUUCACACUCCAGCAGAAGAGAUCGUAGCCACCGCCAGAACCAUGAUUAAUGAGAUCCAGGACGUGGUGCGAAUUGCAGCUCACGGGACCCUGGACUGUGUCACAUGGGUGCUGGAGAGGAUGCAACAGGUGGAAGAAGGGACCAAGGACAAUCCAGCAGGGAGAGCCAUCAGCGUUGCCGGUGUGGGACUGGAUUCUGCCCUGAGCACAGCGGAGUCCCUGAUGGACCGAGUUCUUCCUCCCACUAAAGAAGACAGAAAAGCAGCAGUAGCUCAUUUGGUGCAAGGCUUCGAGGUCAGCAGUCUCUCAGGGGGCUUUGCUGUACGACUGGUGUCACUCACGGCUGAGCUCUGCCGCAGGACCUUCCACAUGGUUGGGGCUAAGGUGCACUGUGUUCAGGUAGAGACCUUGUCCAAGUCCUCGGCUCUGGUUCAGGACCUUCAAUUCUCCUGUCUGGGUUUGGUCUGGAACCUGCAGGGUGUUCCUCAGUACUUGCAGCACCAGGCUAUUUCUGCUUUGUUCUUUAUCUCUCAGAUGUACGGCCUCACCUGCUCUCAAUCCCAACAAACCCAGUGUAGCAGAGCCAGAAGUCCACUCAAGUCAACCAAGGACUCCUUACCUCAGAAGGACACACCACAGGUCCAUCCAACACCUACGUCACACACCUGCCUGAAGGCCCAUCCUCCAAAAGUAUCUCCUAAAGUCAUGGCACGUGUUCGUUGUUUGAGAUAACUGUUAGUACUGACUUUCACAAAGUGGUGUAUUGCAUUGGUGUAAAAUAAAGUUAAUCAAAGAAUCA